CGGAGGAGGAACGAGGAAACACGACAUCACAGAAUAACUGCCGCCGUCUGAGAGGUCACCUGGUGUCCAUGCACAACUCUGUGGAGUACAGCCAGGUGCUGUGUUUGGCCUUCAGAGCAAACACACACAAAGACCAUUUCUGGAUCGGUGGGCGGAGCAAAUAUCUGUGGCACAGCUUUCAGUGGACUGACAACACGCCGUUUCACUUUGCGAGGUGGGGCUUUAUGCAGCUGGACAUGGUGUCAGGAGAGGAGUGUGUGGAGAUGAACUACAAACAGUGGGGACUCUGGAACAACGCCGUCUGCUCAGGAAGGAAGUACUACGUGUGUGCCAGGAGGUCCUGAUCAUCACCUUCAUCACAGGAUGUUUGUUCACCUGAGCAGCAGGUGGAUCAGUGUGUGUCAGUCACAAUGUUCUCGCCUCUGUCUGUGACAUCACUGUGACAUCGCUGUAAGAAGUGAAGAAAAAGAAUGAUAUGAUUCAUUAAAGGAAACACUUUAGAAGAUUAUUUGGAAAUAAAGUGGAACUUACAGGCCGUCAGUCAAAGUCGUUUCUAUAUUAAAUUAUUUCUACAUUGUUUGA